CCACGACACCGCGAGUCUACUGAGGCAGUACACUAGAUUCGGCCAGUGCGAUCUACGCAAGCACAAAUCUCCUGAGGGCGGUCCUUCGAAAUGGCCAAAAAAAGGAAGGCUGCACGGGUAGUCGAAACCUCUGCCCGACGUCCACAAAAUGAUCGUUACGAUGCCGAAGAAACCUUUAACGACUCCGAAGACGAGUUUUUCGCUGGACGAGACAAGGUCCUUCUGGAGGAGGAACCGGCUGCCAAAAGGAGGAGGAAGUUGCAAGAACAAGAGCGGGACUUGGAGCCGUCUGACGAGGAGGUCUAUCAAGAGUUGGUUACUGAAGACGAGUCCGAAGAUGAUGAGGGGACCACCGCCCAAUCUGAAGACGAGGCGGAGGACGACGACGACGGCCACUGGGGAACAUCCAAGGCCGACUACUACAAUGCCGACGUCAUCGAGACCGAAGCCGAUGCAUUAGAAGAGGAACAAGAGGCUAGGAGGCUGCAGCUGAAACAACUCAAGAGCAUGACCGAGGCAGAUUUUGGGUUCGACGAGAGUGCCUGGGUUGACGAGAAUCAGCAAGCUCAGGAGAAGCGAUCGGCAGUAGAGAAACUGCCCGAACUCCAAAUUCCUGAAACUGCGAGCAUCCCCGAACGCAUCAAAGUCUUGAAGUUGCGAUACCCCGAGUUCGGCCCGUUGACGAAGGACUUUCUCUCGUUGCAAGACACCUACCAGUCACUGAGAAAAGCAGCCGAAAUGGAAGGACAUGACGACGGCGGUGUCACACUGACAAAAUUUCGAGCCUUGUCAGCAUAUCUCGGGGCUGUGGCCAUGUACCUGGCUCUACUGACUUCCACCAAGACAGGCAUGGCGCUGGCCCCAGGGGAACUGCGAGACCACCCGGUCAUGUCGGACCUUUUCCGCUGUCGCCAGCUGUGGCAAGAAGCUGAAUCGCUCCGUCCAAAGGUUCCCGUUGAAAUGCCGGAGACCAAGCCAUCAACCAUACAGCCACCGAAUCCGCUCCCGGACGCCUCGCAGAAACCCGUCAAAAAGAAGACAAAGGCAAAGUUGCUGUCCCCGGAGCCACCCUCCCCGGAACCUGCAGCAGUGAGCACCAAGUCGAGGAAGGCAAAGAAACCAAAGAGGGACGAGUUGCAAGAACUCCUGGCCUCCUCAAUGCGCAAACCCGUGGAAGCAGAGUCCGAUUUUGGCGACGAAUCUCCUCUGACUCAAGAGGAGGCUGCCGAAAAGGCCCGACGGAAAAAGACGCUGCGGUUCUACACCUCGCAGAUUGUGCAGAAAGCGAAUAAACGAGGCGCCGCGUCGCGACAGGCCGGCGGCGACGACGAUCUGCCCUACAAGGAGCGCAUUCGGGACAGGCAGGAGCGUCUGAUGCGCGAGGCCGAGCAGCGAGGCCGGGCCACCGCCAACGAGAGGGAGGUGCUCGGUGACAGUGACGACGACGACGACGACGACGACGAUCGACAGGCCAGCCGGAGAAUCAACGACGAGGCCAACGAGUACUACGACACGCUGGUCACGAACGCCAGGCAGAAGAAAGCCGAGAAGCGGGCCCGAGCAGAGGCCUACGCCGAGGCCGCCAGGCAGGGCGCGCAGGUGCACGAGGAAGAACAGGUGGGGCCGGACGGGAAGAGGAAGAUCACGUACGCGAUCGAGAAGAACAAGGGCCUGACGCCCAAGAGGAAGAAGGAGGUGCGCAACCCGCGCGUCAAGAAGAGGAAGAAGUUUGACGAGAAGAUGAAGAAGCUCGCGUCCAUCAGGCCCGUGUAUAAAGGCGGAGAGGGCCGCGGCGGGUACGGGGGCGAGGCGACGGGCAUCAAGACGAACCUGGUCAAGAGCAUCAAGUUGUGAAGCCCGGGAUAGCGUACCGGAGCAUGAGGCGCGGUCUAUAUGUAUGUGUAUACGUGUGUGGGGAGCGCGCCGCGUCGCUCGACGCCGGGGCAGUCCAGUCACUCAACAUGUCGCCUUCACUGAUGUCCAUCGCUUUCCUGACUCUGCCUAUCUGUCAUCGAUUUCACAGACCUGCGUACCUUUCGGCGUCUAGUCUAGACAAAAGACCCGCUCUCGAAGGAGUGAGUAUACAGCGGAGUUCCUCGGACGAUCAAUCCCACGAGGAUGGCUGAUAGAGGUCUAAUCGGACUUUUCAACUACCUGUCUCUGGAUCUAUCUACCUCAGGGCAUCCAAUCCAGGCCACCAAGCCCACCUCCUUUAUCCUUCUAUCCUUUUUAAAUCCCCAGAGCCUGCCGCCGCGAGACCGAGUUCUUGGGAUCAAAGUACGGCCUCUCGCCGAGGGAGACGACGCGGUUGCCCUGGCGCUUGCCGUCGUAGUCGUUGGUGGCGGUGUGGAAGACGGAGCGGUUGUCCCAGACGGCCAGGUCGUUCUCGUUCCACCGGAAGCGCACCUGCAGGUCGUGGUUGUCGGUGAUGAGCUGCAGGAAGUAGGCCUUGAGGAUCUCGCUCUCGCGCGGCGUGACCCCGUCGAUCCAGCCGUGCUCGAUCUGGUGGCCCGCGCCGAACAGCGACUUCCACCCGGUCACGGGGUUGGUGCGCACGACGGGGCUGAAAAGAAACAGGUUAGCUGGGGGAACAUGGACAUGGGGAUAGAGGUCGACGACAAAACAACAAGACAGAGAAGUACCAGUGUGUGGCACAGGUGGUUGGUGAGAAGCGAGGGAGGAAGGGAAGGAGAUGAAAGGACUUACUGCGAAGCGGCAAAGUCGAUGCCCGUGUUCUCGGGGGCCCCGCGGUCCUGCUCGAUCAGGUCCUCGCCAAACUCCUUGGCCACCUUGACGAAAUUCGGCUGGUGGUGCGUCGCCGUCAAGCCCUCGGCCAGCUUCUGGAAGUCGGGCGACAGCCGGUCGUACAGCUCGUAGCCCGACGCCCACAACGUGUCGCCGCCGGCGUCUUCGGGCUUCUUGAUGAUCUUGAGGAUGGCGUAGUCGGACGGGAUGCGCUCAAAGGUGAUGCUGGCACAAAGACAACAGUGUCAAUACGGAAAUUCCCAAGGCGCGGUGUCAAAGCGAGUGGCCACCACACUUACUCGGCGUGCCAUCCUUGGCUGGCCAGCACCUUGGACUGGGCGGAGAAGCGGUCCUUGUAGAACUUGCGGUUUUGCUGUGGGACGCACGUUCAAUCAGUGUCGAGCCUCUUUGCUGACAAGACCAUUUCAAAGAAGGAAACAUACUUCGGACGAGAUGACGGACACUUCGUCGUCGAGUUUCCCGUUCUCGUCCACGGCGAUGCCGCGCUUGCUGUUGCUCAAAGCAUGACGAUGGAGCUGUUGGGGUUUUGUCGAACGUUAGCCACAGAUCUUCCCCCGGACUGGCCACGAGGACUCUCAUACCUUGGACGUCUCGGGCUUCCCCGUGAGCUCGCCGAGCUUCUGGCCCAAGAUCUUCUGAUCCUCGAUGUUGAGGUCCUGGUUGCGGAAGAAAACGACGCCUCGUUGAGACACUGCGUGCGAGCCGGCCAUUAGACUUGCCUGACCACCAAACCAACGACAACAGAGAGCUUUUGGGUACACACCUGUGAUGGCCAAGUCACGGAUCUUUGUGUCGUCGUGCAGGAUCUGGCUCAGCUGCAGGUCGGGGAACUCCCUGCCGAUGACCUUUGUGACGUCGAACGAUUUAUACUGGUCCAGCGAUCCCGAGUACUUGAGUGGCUCCUUGAGGGUGCUUUGGGCAUUGACCUUGGUGAUGGGGAUGGGCCCCGAGCUCGUGUGCGAGUACAGGUCCACGUCAGCUGCUGGGGGUGCCAUGGCUGCCGAGUCUUGGGAGAGAUGGUGUCUUGUAUAGCCUGAAUACUAUAUCUCUUCCAGAUACCGUUCGGUCUGGAAGGGUGGUAAGGGACAAGGACUUGGGGUGAGAGGUAUGGGGGGAGAACAAACAAGGGACUCACCUAGAGAGCGAAACACCUCGUCCUCAUAUACCCUCGAGUCCAUUCUGGAUGACGAGCUCCUCCUGCGCAAUUGCUCUCCAGAAAGCCCUUCCACCGUGCCGACAUGCCGUCUCGCCCCCUCAUUCCUUCUCUUGUCAGUGC